CCAAGAUGGGUCGCACAUCUCCUUCAUCGCUCAGAACCCAGGUCCUUGUCAUUGGCGGGGGCCCUGCAGGAGCGUACGCAGCUUCCGUACUUGCACGAGAAGGCUUCCAGACCACUGUCCUCGAAGCCACUAAAUUCCCUCGAUAUCAUAUCGGGGAAAGCAUGCUUCCCUCCGUCACUUCAUUCUUCGAGUUCAUUGGGUUGGAUGAAAAACUUCGCAACCAUGGAUUCUGCUCAAAGCCUGGGGCAGCCGUCAAGUUCAACCAAAGGAAGAAGGAAGGAUACACUGAUUUCCUGAAGAAUAACAGCGAAGGCACCUGGAACGUGGUUCGCUCCGAAUUUGAUGAGAUGCUCCUGAGGCACGCAGGGGAAUCCGGUGCUACCGUCCUUGAAGAACACAAGGUCAUCGAGAUCAAAUUCGAAGAUGUUUCUGGGAAAUCACGGCCUUACUCUGCUGUGUUCACUCGUCCUUCUGGAGAACGAAGUGAGAUACACUUCGACUAUCUCAUCGACGCGUCUGGUAGGAAUGGAAUCAUGUCCACGAAGUACCUGCGCAAUCGAAAGAUGAAUAGUAGCCUUCACAACAUCGCUUGUUGGGGCUACUGGGAAGGGGGCUAUGGCAAAUAUAUGCCUGGGACGCGACGAGAGAAUGCACCCUGGUUCGAAGCACUCACUGAUGAGAGUGGGUGGGCAUGGUACAUCCCUCUCCAUAACGGAACUGUCUCCGUUGGGGUAGUCAUGGACCAGGAUGUCAGCAGCUCGAAGAAGGCGAAAGCUCGUGAAGCAUCUGCAACGGGAGAGCACACCCUAUGUGAUCAUUAUCUACAGCAACUUGAGCUCGUCCCGGGACUUAAGGCUCUUCUUGGGACGGCGACCCUUGUCAGUAAUCAUGUUAAAUCCGCUUCCGACUACAGCUAUUCGGCAGAGCGCUACGCUGGAGACAGAUUCAGAAUUAUUGGAGACGCUUCCGCCUUCAUUGACCCUCUCUUUUCCUCCGGUGUUCACCUCGCUCUCUUGGGUGGGCUGACAGCAGCAUCUACCGUCGCUGCUUCGGUGCGAGGCCAUUGCUCCGAGGAAGAGGCAGCGGAGUACCACCAUGUCAAGAUCGGAGCUGCAUAUACUCGAUUCUUCUUGGUUGUAAUGAGCGCCUAUCGGCAAAUUCGAAGUCAGAACGUCGAUAUCCUUUCGGAUGUCGAUGAAGACAACUUCGACCGAGCUUUCGACAUCAUCCGCCCCGUUAUACAAGGUACAGCUGACGUCGGGCGAACCUUAUCGGAAAGCGAGCUCCAAAAGACCUUGGAUUUCUGCAAAGAUGUCUGGGCUCCAGUAGAUCCCGAAAUGCACGAGAGAGUGGCCUCUCGAUAUGGGUCGGAGCUGCUCUCUCCGGCAGCACCGAUUUUCAAGCCUGAGGACUUGGAUCAAAUUGUGGAUCCCAACGACGAAGAUGCUGUUGACGUAUUCAAGAGGGCAAACGCGAGAAAGAUAGUCGAUCCCAUGUUUAAGGGGAUCUCCAGCUUGGAGUCAGAGCCUGUGAAAGGGUUCAUUACCUGCCUCCAAAGAGGAAGUUUGGGUCUUAUUUACAUCGCAAGCGCCGCCUGA